AUGUCCCACGCCAGAGCACCCAGCCGAUACAAUUCCGACUAUGAACGGGCUCCCGAGAGAGCUGCUGAACGACCUAAAACAUCCCCGCCUUCAUCGGCACCUUCAUCUCGAACCUCCUCGGCUACGUCCUUGCAGCCAGCCGCCCCAGUGGCCGAAUGGUGCCAUCAGAUGCACCUGAUCCAGAAGCGGAAAUAUGAUUGGUGUGUUGGCUGCUAUCCCAAGCCUCCGCCUGCUCCCAGCUCCGUCCGAAUCCCCUCCCAGAAGGUGCUGCAACAAUCAAGAAUGAGCAACGAACCUGGUCAUGCAUACCAAUAG